CGCGGCUCCGCCCCUCUGCCUACCUCACCCCACUGGGUCCCGGGCCGUCAGCGGACGCCGGGCGUCCUGCGGGGCGGGGUGGAUGGCGGCGGGAAGGUGGGGCCUGGCCCGGCCGGGGUGGUAAGGGAUGCUCGCGGUCGCGGCCAAGGAGGGGAUUGGCCGGCCGCACUUCCACGAGCCUGGUCCGUGUCCAGCCGUGCUGCUCCGCGAGGAUGAGGAAGGUGGUUUUGGUCACCGGGGCUAGUAGUGGAAUUGGCCUUGCCCUUUGCCAACGCCUGCUGACAGUGGACGAGGAGCUGCACCUGUGUUUGGCGUGCAGGAACAUGGGCAAAGCCGAAGCUGUCCGCAGCGCCCUGCUGGCCUCUCACCGCAGCGCCCAGGUCAGCAUUGUGCAAGUGGACGUUGCCAGCCUACAGUCCGUGCUCCGGGCCGCGGAGGAGCUGAAACAAAGGUUUCAGAGAUUGGACUACAUAUAUCUAAACGCGGGCAUCAUGCCAAAUCCGCAGCUUAAUGUCAGAGCACUUCUCUCCGGCCUCUUUUCAAGAAGAGUGAUUCAUAUGUUCUCCACAGCUGAAGGACUGCUCACCCAGCAGGACACGCUCACCGCCGACGGGCUUCAGGAGGUGUUUGCAACCAAUAUCUUCGGCCACUUUGUCCUGAUUCGGGAGCUGGAACCUCUGCUCUGUCACACCGACAGUCCAUCACGGCUCAUCUGGACAUCCUCGCGCAAUGCAAGGAAAUCCAAUUUUAGCCUUGAGGACAUCCAGCACAGCAAAGGCCAGGAACCUUACAGCUCUUCCAAAUAUGCCACUGACCUUCUGAAUGUGGCCCUGAACAGGCGCUACAACCAGCAGGGUCUGUAUUCUAGCGUGGUGUGUCCAGGCACAGUGUUGACCAAUAUGACAUAUGGAAUUCUCCCUCCCUUCAUGUGGACGCUGCUGAUACCAAUCAUAUGGCUGCUUCGCUUUUUUGCAAAUGCUUUCACUUUGACGCCGUACAAUGGAUCGGAAGCACUGGUCUGGCUCUUCCAACAAAGGCCCGAGUCUCUCAGUCCUCUGACAAAAUACAUGAGCGCGACCACCGGCUUGGGGAACAAUUACAUCAUCCACCAGAAGAUGGAUGUGGAUGAAGACACUGCUGAAAAACUUUACCAAAGCUUACUAGAACUGGAAAGGCAGAUGAAAGUCUCCGUUCCAAAGGCAGAUGGCCGGAGCUGA